AUGCAAACUCUUGUGCUUCGUGAGAGUUUUCUUUGGAUCAUAUUCGUCUCUUAUUCUUUCAUGUUCUUCUCAUCUCCCUCACAACUUCUAAAAUCUAACGAGAAAUUAUACACUACCUUAUCAUCUCCACUCCCCUUCACCCCACCGCAUGCGCAUUUUACAUAUCCACCCUCGUAUCUUACCCUCGUAUCUAUCCUCGUAUCUCCCCUCAUAUCCACCCCAUCUCCCACCAUCUCGAUCCCAUCUCGAUCUCAUCUCGCCAACUUAGCCACGAUAACCCCCCACAAAGGUCGGCGAAGUUGUAAUACUCCAGCACAGUAA